AUGAGUGUUGUUUUUCAAACUAAACUCCAAGCCCCACCACAAGCACAACUCGAGGUUCAUCCAUCACUUGUACUCGUAUUUCCAAGAGAAAACGAACAAUAUUCUACAACAACCACUCACGAAUAUCGCGUUGUUGAGAAUUAUCUUUUGGAGGAGUUUGAAAACACACACACCACUGAUAUUGCAACCAGUUCAAAUCUCAUCGCUAGAUCUUGCCUCGAUGAUGAUGAAUUUGCAAAGAAGACUGAAUUAAUUCUACAACCAACAACAUCUUCCUUUGAUGACGACAAUGAAGAGAAUCAUGUCCUCUAUGAAGACAUUAACGAUACUCAAUACUACCACCAAAGCCGUGCGGUAAAGGCUUUCAAGUCUAUCAUGGAACAGUACUUUGGAGCAGAGUACUUUCCUGUUCUGGAUGAAAAGACCCAACAACCUGUUACUCUUAGAGACAUUGUCAGAGAUGUCUGUAAAGAUAUUGAAGAAGGUCAACAACAUUUGAUUGACUUGUCUCACGUGGUUCGACAAGUUGAGAGAUGGAGAAAGGCGUUCCCUCGUGUCAAUCCCUACUACGCUGUGAAAUGUAACCCUCAAACAGGUAUCAUUAAGAUCAUGUACAUGAUGGGUUGUGGAUUUGACUGUGCCAGCUUGAGCGAGAUUCAACAAGUUUCUCAAGCAUGCAGAGAGGUCGAUGAAUGGCUUCAAGAAAAUCCACAACACUAUGAAACCUUGGCCUAUAUCAACAAGGUAGAUGUCAACUUGGUCAAGUCAAAGAAAUUCUCUCCAACCACUGACAUUAUCUUUGCCAACCCAUGUAAACAGCUUUCCCAUGUGAGACAUGCCAGAGAUAGCGGAGUCGAAUGGACUACUCUUGACUCUGUCAUUGAGAUUGAAAAAUUGAGCAAGAAUUGGAAGCAUGCCAAAGGAGUUAUCAGAAUCAAAACAGCAGAUUCUAACUCUGCCUUUGCUUUUUCUGGCAAGUUUGGUGUGUCUGUUGCCAAGGCAAGAGAGCUCUUUGUGGCUGCCAAGGAACACAACGUUGAGUUGUGUGGCGUCUCCUUCCAUGUUGGCUCUGGCUGUCGUGAUGUUCAAGCAUAUGUCCAAGCUGUCAACGAUGCAAAGAAAAUCUUCGAGAUGGCUGAACAAUUUGGCUUCCAGUUCAACUUGUUAGACAUUGGUGGAGGUUUUCUGGGAGGUAUCCACGAAAAACCCAGUGUUGAGGAUGUUGCUUCCAAUGUAGCACAUCUUAUUGAUGAGUUAUUCCCACCUCAUGUCCAAGUAAUUUCUGAGCCAGGCAGAUAUAUUGCUACCGCAACAUCCACAUUGGUUUGCAGCAUCUUCACCAAGAAGGAUCUUCGUGAAGAGAAUGAGUUGUAUUACCAACAACUUGCUGAACAAAUUGGUGCCGAGAAUGUUGUGAGAGACAAGGAUGACUUUAUUUAUUAUGUGAACGAUGGAAUUUAUGGUUCUUUCAACAAUAUUUACUUUGAUGCCUACAAGCCAACAUUCAAUACUACCAAGACUACUGAGGAGAUGGGAUCAAAGAGAUUCAAAUCAACCGUCUUUGGACCAACAUGUGACUGCUUAGAUGUGAUUGCCAAGAAUUAUGAGUUGCCCGAGAUGAACGUUGGAGAUUAUUUCUUCUUCCCAAAUUUCGGUGCUUACACAACAUCUGCCAGUUCCAGCUUCAAUGGUUUCAAAGCAAGCAACUUUUAUUACAUUUGGAGAAAUUAG